CCAGCAACAGCAAAAAGAAAAGAACCAAGAAUAAAACGGCAUCAACGACGACGACCACACAUCUGAAGUAACGACAUCAGAGCAGCAACAACAACAACAACAGCAACAGCAACAACAGAUACAAAAACAUGAACUCUAAAAUGCUCAGUAUUGUACGUGUGUUUACCCUCAUUUUUCUUUUUAUUGACGGCCAUUUAAGUUUUGACGACGCCGCCUCUGCAAAAUACAGUGCAUUUUGCCGACGUGGUGUCGUCUACGUCGGACUUCCAUGGGACUGCAGUGGUUUCAUUCAAUGUAUUCCCGCCACCGGGGGGCGCUUUUUCGCUGUGUGGAUACCAUGCCCGAGAAGCCUGCAAUGGGACAACACGAAGAAAGUGUGCGUUCACGGAAAGGGCAGCUGUUCAAACCUCGCAAAAGUUGCUGAAGAGAAGUGUCCUCUCUAUCCGAAUCUCAAGUUCCUGCACCCCAAAAACUGCGCCAUGUACUACAACUGUCGGCAGAAAGACGCCAUCAAGGGCAUGAAGAAAUACGAGAACGAGUGUGCCUACCCUCUUCUCUUCCACCAGGAGGCCCAGGAGUGCUGGCCGAAAUUCCUCGUCAAGUGCGGCAAACGACCGGUCCCUGCAACAAAAUGUGAUUAUCUCUUGGCCUGUAAAGCUGAAGUGUGUACAGGAAAAAGUCAAGGGCCGUACCCGGUGCCGGGGCGGGAGUUCGGAAAGGAGUAUAUCGUCUGCGCGAAUGAUACGAUCGCUGAGAAGGGGAUCUGCCGCGCUACAGACGAAGUCUUUGAUCCCAUACAGAGCAAAUGUACAAACACGUUUGAACAAUCAAUCACUAUCUUUUGUCAAAGAAAUCCUACGAAAUCCUUCGAAGACAUGAACAAGUGUUCGUUUUACUUCGACUGUAGUAAAGUGGAACACCAACCGGGCCUGAAACCGUACCAGACUGAGUGUAAAUAUCCGGACCUGUUCGACACCCAGGACAAGAAGUGUAAACCCUACAAUGAAGUGAUCUGUCACAACAGACUAGAACCGAAACAACCAUGUGACUACGCAAUUGGCCACUGUAUCGACAGACCUGAGUGCUUGUCGUGUGAUGCUAAAUGCGAACCCACAGACCAGGGCCAGAUUGCACACCUGGGCGAACCUAGUAAGAUCAUCACCUGUAAGGACGGACGGACGAUGCAGAUUAGCACCUGUCCGCUUGGAAAGAGUUUUGACUCCACUACCAAACAAUGUGAGAAAGCGUGCACGUGCGGUGCUGAGGUCCGGGCACUUGCUCUCGCCAUUAUGAAUAUUCAAAAGUUUCUAGCACCAAAGGGCCUUCCUGUGCUGGCAUGUGACAAGCCCCUGGAGAACAUCCUCAGAGAGACGAAACCAACAACACAGGCGGGUAACGCAGUGGUUACAUGUCCACAAGACUUCAAAAAGUGUCCCACCAACUCGUCCCUGACAUGCGCAGCCGGACUGAUCUUCGGCACGUGGAACGGAUCUCCCCUACAGAAGUGUAUUAGGAGCAAAUACACGGCUGAAGCACAGUUUACGUCUCCACUGGACCUGCCGUGUAUUGAGGGUUUUGGCGGCCACAUUAGCAUAACUGCACAAGUUUCCGAUUUAACCAAGACACAGGCUGUAUCUCUUGACAGCGGAAGUGACAUCGUCGUUUUCAAAAUGGUUUUUGAUUUUGCGGCUAGCAGUAUAGUUAUGAGUAGCGAAGUGCACGGAGUUCAGGGAAUAGCAAAUGUCAUACAGAAAAAGUUAUCAGUGAAGACUAACACUGACUUUGAAAUUAAACUUUACUUUGAUCCCGAUGGCUUUAGGGCUGAAAUUGGACUCACGGAAGUGUUUUCUAAGAUUGCCUAUGAUGAGCCCCCUGGCUCCGCGUUCACUCUGUCUUGGAGCCCAGGACUUUCGGUGCAGGCCGUGUCCUUCAAUUACUAAACUAAAAAAACCCAACAAAACAACUUGUCAAUAUUUAGCAGUGUGCAAUGCAGGGGCGGAUACAGAAUUUUCCUUUCAGGGACUGGGUGCAACGUUUAAAAAGGGCACCCACAGUAUUCAGGGACUGAGUGCAACGUUUAAAAAGGUCACCUUCAGUAUUCAAAUAGUGCACUGACAUGCAAUGUAUAUAGGACAAUACUUUCCCCAAAACGUCGAAGAUGUUAUAUGUCCCCCACUAAAAAACAAAUGCAUUGUAUUCGUUUGCUUGGAAAUGGGGUUUUCGGAUCACUUGGAAAUUCGAGAGGAAGGAGUGUGCCUGUAAAAGAACCCUAUCUCUGGAUCCACGCCUGUAAUGUAAAUAUUUACUUUAAAAUAAAAAUACAAUAUCUGUAUUUUUUUCUAAGGUAUUGUGUUUUCCCCCCUUCUUUUGUUCGUAACCGGCAAUAUGUUUUAGCAUAGGUAUCGGAAAAUGCCAACAACAGCAGGACUGUUAUGCAUUCAUUCAUAUCAAAUGGGGGGUUUGGUGGGGCGGAUGGGCAUACUUUUCAGUGCUGUUGGCGGGGGCAGUGUUUCGUAACACUACGACUUCCGACGCUUAUUGUUGAGUUAUUUAUUUUCAGAACACAAAUUCAAUUACCAUGUAAUAUUUAUUAACGUCUAUUUUCUUAUUCUGUACAUAUUAUUUAGAAAAUAAAAAUACUAUUUUUAAUGUAUAUAUUGCUUGUACAUACAACAUACUUCAGAAGUACAUGUUGUUUACACUAAACAUACCUCUAAAAUGUUCUAAUAUAUUCGUACUUAUGUAUACAUCGCAUGCAGCCAACCCAUCCUUUAAAAUAGUAAAGUUUAUUUUAUUAAAGACGCCUCUAGAGCACAUUCAUUUUUAUCUUAUCAUCGGCUAUUGUAUGUCAAACAUAUCGUCAUUCUGACAUAUUUCUUUAGAGGAAACCCGCUGCCGCCAU